UGUCAACAUUGGUAGCGUUCCCACAUGGCCAGAUCUACAGUGUAGCCGUGCCGUUUGGAAACGUUUAAACACCGGGUCGGGAUUGUAGUUCACCUGAGCGAAGCUAAUGGCUGAAAACAGUCGGGGGAGGGCAGACUGCCACCUAGAGUUUUUCGAGCGCUACUGUUCACCCUGUCUAAGGAAUGAUUUGGGGUGUGCGAUGGGGAACUCGUAUGCAGGCCAGUUGAGGACCACACGUUUUGAGGAGGUCCUUCAUAACUCCAUCGAGGCUUCUCUCCGCUCCAACACUGUGGUGCCACGGCCUGUCUUCUCACAGCUCUACCUGGAGGCAGAGCAGCCACCCUUGCACAGUGCAGGCCGGGUGGAGAAUGAGGAGGAGGAAGAUGGCUCCGAGUCCAACAGCCCCCUCAUUCCAUACCAGAUGAAGCCCCCGCCAGAAGGAUGCUGCACCACAGAUGGGUUCUGCCAGGACGGUAGGGACCUGCGUCUGUCCUCCCUGGCGUCAGAGCCUCUAAACGUGGCCCCAGGUUUCCUGCUGGUAGGGGCCAAGUCCCCCAGUGCACCAGACACAUUGCUGGUGUGUGCUGUCGACUGCAGGUUCCUGCCCGACGAACGAGGACGCAACGCACUGCUGGGGUUCUCUGGGAACUGUAUGGGCUGUGGAGAGAAGGGCUUUCGCUACUUCACUGAGUUCUCCAACCACAUCAACCUGAAGCUGAGCACUCAGCCCAAGAAACAGAAGCACUUGAAGUACCAUCUGUACAAGGACAGCCAGGGACUGCUGGUCAGAGGGGCUGCUAUCUGCUGGAAGGGCCGCGGUAACACAAGCAGUGGGAGUAGAGGGGAUUGGGGGAUGUUUUCAUGUGUGAUCUUUCCAGGGGCUCGUCUGGGGUCAAAGUUGGAGUUUGUAGGAGAGGAGGGGUCUGUGACCCGACCUGUCUGUCCAGAGACUAGAGGGAGACAGACAGCGCCCAACACCUCUGACAGUCAUGUGAUCUCAGACGAGCACCUCCUCAAUCCAGCAGUCACCGCUCACCCUGGACACCCACCCGGCAGCUACACUGCCGGCGCCCCUGUAGGUCCCAUCGGCCAGCCUUACCUGGCCGACCUUCGCCCUCCCCUGACCAAUGGGAGCCACACACCCCUAUCCCAGAAUCCUUUGCCCCAUACGGCCGUACUGUCCAAUGGACCAGGGAGACCCACAGUUAUAGGAACACUCAAUGCGGGACCACCUAAAAAGAGACACAAAGGCUGGUCUCCAGAGUCUUCUGCUGUGAAGACCCCCCCAGCUUCCUCCUCCUCUUCCUCAUCGCUCACCAAUGUUGCCAAACCAGACCAUGCCCCCCCAGAGAGUGUGUCCCAGGGGUCCUCCAACCCCCACUCUCCCCCCGGGCCGUCUGUCACAGUGCCUGAUCAACUGCUGCACACCUGCAGACUCCAGCCUGUCAUCUUCAGAGGUCACGGCAGCCUACCCCAGCUGAGUGGUAAGGUGUGUGAUGUGCAGGUCAGCUCCCUGCUCCAGAGCUGCUACCAGAACAGCCAGGCCCUGCCCAGGGUCUACCAACACUACGGACCCUCUCCCAUACAGCCCCUGACUGUAGAGAUGCAGAUACUACUCACUGUAUACUACCUGGUGCAACUAGGCCCAGACCAGGUCCCACUGAUCCAGGACCUGGAGCAGAUCUUCAUGCGCUCCUGGAGAGAGUCCCACCUCCGUGAGAUUCGCCAGCACCAGCAGCCCCAGCCUGGCCUCUCCCUCCCCCAGGCGCCCUCUACACUGCCGGGGCUGCCACAGGCCCAGGCCCUCACCCCCUCCCAGCUGCCCUGGCUGGCCCAGCUGGCAGCCUCGUCAUGUGGGGAGGGUGUGGUGGUGCUGGAGGAGAAGGCCUCGAUGGCUCUGGGACUGGCUGGCACCUUCACUAGGCUGAUGGAGGGACGGCUGGCUCAUACCAACUAUGUGGUCAUCAUCUGUACAGCCAAGGGACGGGAGACUGAGUCCUGUGUGGUGGUGACAGGUAAACACCAGUGUCGUAUCCUGGUUGAGGGGAUGUUCAGUCCCACUGAUAGUCUGAGAGAGAUCAGUCAACAGCUGUCCUCUGGCAUGACCCAGGAGCUCACUGCCUUCUGCAACUCUCUGGGACCUGAUGGUGAUGUAGAUGUGUUGCUGGGGAGUGUUGCUAGGGAGAGCAGGAGCCAUCCGCCCCCCCUGUCCAGCAGUCAGGAGUCCACAGGAGACAGCAGCCCUAGAGACAGACAGACGGACAGAGCUACAUGCAGCCCCAAAGAGCCAGCCACAGACAGACACACAGACAGCCCCAAAGACAGAGCUGAGAGCCACAAGGACUCCUGCUCAGAGUACUGUGUGGAGUGGCGGGAGGUGCGGCCCAUCCAGUUGGCGGUAGCCAGGAAGCUGCUGUCCCAUGUGUGUGCCAUCGCUGACUCCAGCACUCAGAACCUGGACCUGGGCUCCUUCGACAGGGUCCACUUCCUCAUCUGUGUCCCUCCAUCUGAGGUCACCUUCCAACAGACUGUACUGCAUCUCUGGAACUCAGGUGUCCUCCAGCAGCUGGGGUUGGAGCAGGAGUGUCUGUCUCAGAGAGAAGCUGAGCACUACGUGGUCAAGAUGGACCAGGAGGCGAGGGCGCGCAUUGAUGACCUCAUACAGGAAGCACACAGGAACUCUAACACACUCUACAUCCUGGUCCACGACCACGCACACUGGGACAUCAGCAGUGGGCCGUACGGUGCCAGCGGUGGUGACUCCGGCGGUGGGUUGGUGGACAGCCUGCUCAACUCCCUUCAGAUCAGAGAUGCCACCAACAUCCUGACUCUCCACGUCACCUCGUUCCCCUUUGCCCUGCAGACACAGCACACACGUAUCAGCCCUUACAACGAGAUACACUGGCCCUCUGCUUUCAAUAACGACAUGGAUCUGUACCAUGAGAAGACGCGGUACUUUGGUGUGUCUGAGCUGCUGGACUCGACUCGUUCAGGCAGCGGUCUGCCUCUCCUUCGCUACGACAGCUCCUUCGAAAGCAUGGCCUCUGUCCUGGAGGAGAGGUUCCCCAAGCUACACAGUGCAGUGAUCCGGACUCAGGUUCUGGUCCAGCACUACUGUGUGGCUCUGAUGGCCGUGUCAGGUCGGCCUGGCUCAGGGGGGCGGAGCAUACAUAAACACACCUCCGUCGAGACGCUGGAGAUUGUCCAGAGUCUGCUCAGCUCCGCCCAGCGAUGCCCCACCCACCACGGUCACAUGGUGCUGCUACGGAUCCCCUCAUUGGCUCUGGCAGGGUGGGCUCACCAGCGGCUGGCGUGGGUCAGACAGAGACUGGGGCUGGGGGAGCGCUUUGAGAUCAUCCUGGGAAACCCCAGCCAAGCCCUCAGCAUAGGACAGAGCUUCACUGAGCGCAUCAAGACAUGGCUGAAGAUCCAGGAGACAGACUGGGUUCCCCGUACCUACCUGGAGCUAGAGGCUCUCCCCUGUAUCCUCAUCCUCUCUGGGGCAGACCCCCUGGGAGAGUCCCUACCCAGAUCACUGAAGUACUGUGACCUGCGUGUGAUAAGCUCCUCCUACCUGCAGCGCACGUCAUUGGAGGAGGAGCUGGGAUUGGCUGCCUACCUGAUGAGGGUGGAGUCCCAGGGGUCACAACCCCUCAGACACGUCCCCGGCCCCGGUAGCGACCUAUCAGAGAGCGACCGGGACAAACACAGCAGUACCGACAACGAGGAGGAGGGGAGAGAGAACGCUCUGAAGUCGGAGCUCCCUGGUUUGGGUCAUUUCCCUCCCCCUCACCCUCACUCAGCCCCCCAAACCCUCCGACCCUUCUCCGACAGCAGUGCUGCGGCCACUCUCCAUCUCCACACCACCCCCCCUGACCCCCUUCACUCCUCCCCCUGUCCAAACCCGAACCCACCUAACCCCUCCGACACCCAGCGCUGGCCCUCCAAGUCAACCUCCUCUGACUCCUCCUCCACCCUUCCCCCCUCCUCCCUUCAGAGCUGCUCCUGGGCGCGGGGGGUGAGUCGCCCCCCCUCCGUGCUGCUGCCCCGGGCACUCUAUGACAUCAUCACGGCGUUCGACGAGAGCGGACUGCCUCGCUGCACCUCCUUCCUGCCGCACCUGUCUGUAGCCUGGGCCGGCUCCUUCAGACCUCUGCUGAGUAAGAUGAUGACGUGUACAGAACAGUCUCUGUAUUACCGCCAGUGGACCAUCCCAAGGCCUUGCCACAUGGACAGCAGCAACCGCCCCGCAGAGGGACGCACGGACAACUUCCAUCCCCGCAGACUGCUGCUCAGCGGGCCCCCACAGGUGGGGAAGACAGGGGCGUACCUCCAGUUUCUGGGCAUCCUGUCUCGUAUGCUGAUCAGGCUGAUGGAGGUGGACAUCUAUGACGAGGAAGAGAUCAACACCAGUGACCAGCUGGAGUGUGUCCAGUACCACCCAGCCUGUGCCCCCUGGCCGAUAAUAGACACACUGAGGGGCAUGCCCUUCGACUACACCAUCCACAACCCCAAAUAUGAAGACAUCAGCACUGUCUAUUGCCCUGACUACUACCCCAACACUGACGGGAACCCCAGACGUAAGGAGGACGUGUAUCUGCGGAGGCGUACGACCAGGACCAAACUGUCCAAAUACGCAGCCUACAACACCUACCACCACUGUGAACAGUGUCACCAGUACACAGGCUUCAACCCCGGAUACCAGAUGUAUGAAUCGCUGCUGCAUGGCUUCACCUUCUCCCACCUGCUGCUGGGUGAGGAGAUCCAGCUCUACUUCAUCAUCCCCAAGUCUAAGCAACACCACUUCAGCUUCAGCCAACCAGGAGGCCAGCUGGAGAGCAUGAGACUGCCCCUCACCUCCGAUUGGAACCCAGACUGCAUCAAGAGCCCCAUCUUCACCCCGACAACGGGUCGUCAUGAGCACGGCCUGUUUAACCUGUACCAUGCCAUGGACGGGGCGGCCCACCUCCACAUCCUGGUUAUCAAGGAGUACGAGAUGGCUGUCUAUAAGAAGUACUGGCCCAACCACAUCAUGCUGGUGCUGCCCACUGUCUUCAAUGGAGCCGGCAUCGGUGCUGCCCACUUCCUGAUCAAGGAGCUGUCCUAUCACAACCUGGGGCUGGAGCGCAGGCACAGGCUGGAAGGAGGGGGGCCGCCGGCCGACGUCUGGCCCUUCAUCAUAGUCUCUGAUGACUCCUGCGUCAUGUGGAACGCCGUGGACCUGGACUCACACAGGCAUACACACACACUCACCCACACACACUCACACAUACAAGGAACAAAGAGGAACGUGUCUCUGAAGCAGGUGCUGCAGCACAUGGAGGCGUGUCCCGACCUCACCCAGUACGGCCUCUGUGGGAUCAGGAAGUGGGGCAGUUGCUCCCCGGGUCAGGGGAAGGGGGGAGGAGCCCGUCACGAGGAACCGUUCUCCAGAGGACACCUCCACGACUUCCUGCUUCUCAAUGUGGACCUGACCCAGGACGUCCAAUACAACGAGAACAGGUUCAUGUGUGAUGAUGUGGACUUCACCCUGCGAGCCCACAGUGCUGGUCUGCUCAUCUGUCGUUUCAACAACUUCAGUGUGAUGAAGAAACAGAUCGCUAUCGGAGGAUACCGUACCUUCAUCAUCAAGACCAAGAUAACUGACGUCCCCACCUCCAUCCAGCCGUCACAGUACAUCUGUGCCCCGGACAGCAAGCAUCCAUUCCUGGCCACGCCUGCACAGCUACUGCUAGAGAAAUACCUGCAACACACCAGCCAACGCCUGUUCCCCCUCAGCGCACGCAACUACACACACCCCAUUCUGUCUGUAGACUGCUACCUCAACCUGGGGCCUGAGGUGACGGUGUGUUUUGUGAGUUCCAGACCUCACUCCAUCAACAUCAGUACUGCAGAGCUGCUGUUCAGCGGCCUGCUGCUCUGCUUCUGCGAUUCCUUCGUCACACCAGGCUUUCUUAAGAAGUUUCACUUCCUCAAAGGUGCGAUUCUGUGUGUGAUAUGUGCUGACCGCAGCUCUCUGAGACAGACGGUGGUGAGGCUGGAGCUCGAGGACGAGUGGAGGUUCCGGCUGAGUGACGAGUUCCAGACGGCCAACGCUAAAGAGGACCGCCCCCUCUUCUUCCUCACAGGGAAACAUAUAUGAACUGCCGUACCCCUCACCGUGAGCCCUGCAGUGGGGUCAAAACAGAAAGCCAAAAACUGGCAGUAUUCUUCUGGUGGAUCAAGCCAAUAACCCAUAGACAGUAGUUGGUAGUGAAUAUAGCUACAGUUGAAGUCAGAAGUUUACAUACACUUAGGUUGGAGUCAUUAAACCUCGUUUUUCAACACAC